UUUGCCGAAAGCUCAAGGUGAGCAGAGCACUCAAAUUUGACCCAAAAAAAAAAAAAAGAGCAGAGCGCUCAAAUAAAACGAGGGUCUAUUUUCAAGUUCUUACAGUUCAAAUGGCUUUGUGCUCAAAAUCCAGGCGACUCAAUAUUUUGGAGAUUCUCUGGGUGUUUGUUCUAUUGUUAUUUGCAGAAACUAAAAGUGUGCAGAUCUUAAAAAAGGAAACCACAAUCAAGUAUGCUGCCAUAAGUUGUCGAAAACACACUGCAGUUUUAACAGAAUUUGGAGGAGUUGGCGAUGGAAAAACGUUAAAUACGAAGGCAUUUAAAUCAGCCAUUGCCAAUCUAAGCAAUUAUGCAUCAGAUGGUGGUGCUCAGCUUCUUGUACCACCGGGGAAGUGGUUAACUGGAAGCUUCAAUCUCACUAGCCAUUUCACCCUUUUUCUACAAAAGGGUGCUGUUCUUCUUGCUUCUCAGAACGAGGCAGAUUUUCCUAUAAUCGAUCCUUUGCCCUCUUAUGGGAGAGAGAAAAAUUUUACUGCUGGAAGAUUCGCCAGCCUCAUCCUUGGAAUGAACCUCACUGACGUAGUAAUUACUGGUGAAAAUGGCACGAUUGAUGGACAGGGUGCUCCCUGGUGGGAUAAGUACAAGAAGGGUUUAUUUAAGGCGAGUAGGCCGUUCCUGAUUGAGCUCAUGUACACUAAUCGGCUCCAAAUAUCUAACGUUACUUUAAUUAAUUCUCCUUCUUGGCACCUUCAUCCUAUAUAUUGCAGGAAUGUGGUGAUCCAAUGGCUGACGAUUCUUGCUCCUGUUCAAGUCCCCAACACAGAUGGCAUAAACCCAGAUUCGUGCGCAAAUGUUCGGAUAGAAGAUAUUUUUAUUGUCUCGGGAGAUGAUUGCAUUGCUGUUAAAAGUGGAUGGGAUGAGUAUGGAAUUAAAGUUGGAAUGCCCACAAAACACCUCAUUGUAAGAAGGCUUACCUGUAUCUCUCCUCAUAGUGCUACCAUAGCUAUUGGAAGUGAGAUGUCUGGUGGAGUUCAAGAUGUUAGAGCAGAGGAUAUUGCAGCCUUUAAUACUGAAUCUGCUGUUAGAAUCAAAACUGCGCCUGGAAGGGGAGGCUACGUUAAAGACAUAUUUGUAAGAAGAAUGACAUUAAAGACCAUGAAGUAUGUUUUCUGGGUUUCAGGUGGUUAUAAGUCACACCCAGAUGAUGGCUAUGAUCCAAAUGCAUUCCCUAAGAUUAACAAUAUAAACUACAUAGACGUUGUAGCAGAGAAUGUGAACAUCACAGGUUCACUUGAUGGACUUCCCAAUGACCCCUUCACUGGAAUCUGCAUUUUUAAUGCAACUAUAACAUUGAGUGGAACAGCUAAAAAGGUGCAAUGGAACUGCACUCACGUACAGGGAGUUUCAAACAAUGUGACUCCUAAGCCUUGCGAUUUGUUGCCCGAAAAAGCUACUCGUUGCUCUUUCCCUAAAGAUAAGCUGCGAAUUGAAAGGGUGCAUAUGAAAACUUGUUCUGUUAAGAAAAUUUGCCUGUGAGAGUGCUCUAGUUAGAUUUGCUGUGUGAUCAUGUUGAUAAGAAGUUGGUAGGUAAAAUUAUGAUCAACUUUGUUCAGACCUCUCAAGGGUAGUCAAUAGAAAGAAAAUGAAAAAUUGCUGUUUUUUCUGCUGUUGUUUUACUUAUUAUGUGUUCCGCCCAAAAGGGGCAGAUCGUGCCAUCUGAUGCAGUAUUUUAACACUGAUGUGUAGCAACGUCCUCUGAAUGUUCAACAAUUUUAUAUAGUGAAUGUUCAAUAAGAGAAGGAUAAUCUUGAAUUCA